ACAAUGGGGUGUGCUGUGUUUCUCCGGCCAUGGAGACCAACGCCAGCAUCUCUCCGGCGUGGGAGGAGACUCUGUCCUUAGCCUCCGUCACCAUCAAGAGUCUUCCCCAUCUCCCUGACCUCCAGACGCGUCGCCGCUGCAACCCACUCGACCUUAAUCCCUUCUUCAGACCCUCCGAUGGCUUCUACAUAACCCCCUCUGACGUCAUCCUCCGACAGAUCCUCUCCGAUGACUUCUCCACCCCACGAGUUGCGUACCACAGAGCUGGUCCCCGCCGUGAGAUCAUGUUCGAGCCCUCUCAUGUGAAGGCGGCGAUUGUUACGUGUGGAGGGUUGUGUCCAGGCAUGAACACUGUCAUUAGGGAAGUGGUGGUUGGUCUUUGGGAGCUUUACGGUGUGAGGGACAUCUACGGAAUCAGAGCUGGUUACAGAGGGUUUUACUCCAUGGAGCCCAUGAAGCUCAAUCCCAAGAUGGUCGACGACUGGCACAAGAGGGGCGGCACUGUCCUCGAGACCUCCCGCGGUGGCUUCGAUUUACUCAAAAUCGUCGAUUCCAUCCAAACCCACGGAUUCAACCAGGUCUACAUUAUUGGUGGGGAUGGGACAAUGCGGGGGGCUGUUGAGAUUUUCAACGAGAUCUGUCGCCGGAAACUGGAUAUCUGCAUUACAGGCAUCCCGAAAACCGUGGACAAUGACAUUGGCAUCAUCGACCGAUCUUUCGGUUUUCAAACCGCAGUGGAGAUGGCUCAGGAAGCUAUAUCGGCUGCUCAUGUGGAGGCCGAGAGCGCAGUUAAUGGCAUCGGCCUGGUAAAGUUGAUGGGCAGGAGCACUGGCCAUAUUGCGCUGUAUGCAACGCUUAGCAGCCGCGAUGUAGAUUGUUGUCUGAUCCCAGAGAUGAAAUUUUACCUUGAAGGCAAAGGAGGGCUAUUCGAGUUUCUGGAGCAGAGACUGAAGGAAAAUGGGCAUGCUGUGGUCGUUGUGGCUGAAGGGGCGGGGCAAGACAUGAUCCCCAGGAGCGAAACACAGAAACAAGAGAGAGAUGAGUCUGGUAACAUGGUUUUCUUGGACGUGGGCAUAUGGUUGAAGUCAGAGCUAAAGGAAUGGUGGGCGAAAGCUCACCCAGGCGAGUUGUUCACGGUGAAAUACAUAGAUCCGAUGUACAUGAUAAGAGCUGUGCCGGCGAAUGCCACAGAUAACUUGUACUGUACGCUGUUGGCACACUCAGCAAUCCAUGGAGUGAUGACGGGGUACACUGGUUUCGUUUCUGGCCCUAUCAACGGGAACUAUGCUUAUAUCCCGUUAGAGGAAGUGGCCCAGUCUAAGAAUGAAGUGGACACGAACGACCACAAAUGGGCCUGGGUGAGGUCUGUCACAAACCAGCCUGAUUUUCAACACAAUCCAGGAGGGUAGAUUUUGUAGAUUACGGCACCUCUUGCACCUACUUCAGAUGUCUGAGUGGGUGAACCUCCUAUAAACUACUGCUUGUAAUAGUUUCGUGUAUUUGGCUGGCUGGUUUCCAAUGUUACGGGAGUUUGGAUCUGAGUUUUGCAUAAACACAGCUCAAGUUAUGAACACUCUCAGCGGGCUUUUGUCGAGUCCACAGGAAGUUGGAAAGAAAGAUGAUAUCUUUGUCUUUUUGGAAGAGGAAGAGCCGAUGAAAGUGUAACUGUAAAUACCGUUAAAAUAUCUGUAUCGCCAUGAACCCUACCUAAGUGCUACUCAGCAUUUUUGUUUCCA